AUGAAAUCAAUUUCACUUGUCUUGCUUGUUGCACUUGUACUCCUUGCUGCUGUCUACGUAGCAGGAGCUGCAGACACUUACAAGAAGGUUGAUACUUACAAGAAGGUUGACACUUACAAACCUCCAAAGAAAAAACAUUGUCGUAAAAAGUGUGUCCUUCACAAGUACGUUCGUGGAAAAUGUCUCAAACACAAGUGGGUGGGUCGUAAAAAGUAUUGUGACAAGUACACUGUCGUAGGAAAGGGUAAAUGCUUACAACACAAGACCUAUUCCAAGUGUGACAAAUACAGCAAGCCUUACACCAAGUGUGUCAAACACAAGUACAGAAAAUAUUGCCACAAAUAUGAAACCAAACAAGUCUGUGAUAGUUAUGGCACUCGUAAAUAUUGCAAGAGACACGUCCAUAAAAAGUAUUGUUCUCAAACCAAAAAGUACAAGAAAUGCACCAAAUGGGGAAGAAAGAAGACCACUUGCAGAACUCCAAAAACUUAUCCAAUUAAGAAGUGUUACACCAAGAAGAAGUGUGACAAGUAUGUGGAUCCCUAUGCUCCUUCAAGAAAACCAUCUUGCAACUAUGUCCGUAAAUGUCGUGUCAUUGGUUACAGGACCAAAUGUUUAAAGUACAAUUACCGUCGUUAUUGUAAGAGACACAAAUGUUACACCAAGUGCAUGUCUCACAAGUACAGAAAAUAUUGUCGCAAAUGGGGCACUCGUAAAUAUUGCAAUCAUUACAAGAAUGUGACAAGAUGUUGUCAACACAAGAAGAAGAGAUACUGUACAUAUAAAAAGACCUAUCCAGCCAAGUGUAUUCAUAAAAAGUAUUGGAAGAAGUGUUGUAAGAGAGCACCACCAAAGAAGAAGUGUCAAACGUACAAGUACACCAAAGGAAGAAAGAUUUGUAAGAGACGCGCCCCUUACAAGAAAGUGUGUGUCUACAAGAAGAGUGUCUGUAAGAAGAUUAAGAAGGUGAAAAAGCCAAAGAAGGUGGAUACUUACAAAUAUUAA